AGACAUAUCAGCGCCGGUUAUGAUUGAGUCUAAUAUGAAAGACAAUGUGAUAGAGAAGACUCCAUACACUCAAUUGGAGUUGCGAUGUAUGGUUAGGGGAAGACCUAAACCAGUGAUCACUUGGUAUAGGAAUAAAAAGCCAUUUAUUGUGACCGAAAAUACUGGCAUUAAAUUGGAGGACAGAAACCAAAUCUUGACGUUUACGCGAAUUCUGGACAAAGAUUCGGGUCUUUAUGAAUGCGAAGCACACAAUAGCGGCGGUACUGUUAAGCGAAGCGCUCGACUCAAAGUAGACAGUCCUGAAGACACCACUUCCGGACUCAGCACUGAAGAGAUUAUUGUGUUUGUGCUGUUCGUUGUGGUCGGAACUGUCAUGAUAUUUAUGGCCAUAUAUAUCGGCAAAAAGAUCAGACAGGAAAGGAAACAAAAGCGUGAACUCGAGUUCCUAUCGCACAAUCUCUUCGAAACGGGACAAAUAGAGAUGUUUAACCCCGAUAUGCCUCUCGACGAACAAAUUGAAUUAUUGCCUUACGAUCCCAGAUAUGAGUUUCCCAAAGAGAGACUUAAAUUAGACAUGAGAAAACAGUCGAAUCUGAUUAACUCAAAAUCUCCUAACUAUGAGAAUGUGUUUGCAGUGAAUGGUAUAACAAAUCCUAAUUAUACCACUUCUUCGCAAAUCGCGUCCAUAAAUAUAAAGAAAGAGAGCGUCCGUUACGCAGACAUUAUGCAUAAUCAACAAUCAAGCGGUAGUUAUACUAACGGUUACAUCACAACAAUCAAUAGCGCGGGUCAAGAGACGGGUCAGGACUCGAGUUCGGCCAAUGGUUCGGCCGGUGGUUAUCGCGGAGAGUCUAUACAUAAGCGAAAUAAAGACAAAUUGGUUACGACUUGUGAUUUACUGUGUUUUGCGUUUCAAUGCGCGCGAGGAAUGCAAUACUUGGCCCACAGGAAGGUCUGUCUCCACAUUUGA